AGACAGGAAACGGAACAUUGCGGCAACAUUUGAAAAUCGCAGAUGUUGACAAAAUGGCAGGAUUCCAUUUGGGCAAUACUGUUGCUCCCAUUAGCCUGUUUUUGCUACGAUUCCCGAGAUCGCACUCCAUGGAGUAAAAACAAAACCCAUCCGGUUAAUUCUCAAAAGGAAAUCCAAGAGUUAUUUGAUACUUCUUACCUUGGAAAUGAAGUGGACGCCAUCAUUCUUGACGAUGGAACUCCCCUACAAGUUGUAGACGUAAUGCUGCUACCUCUGAAUAUCUCUUUGCAAAAGUUCCAGAUGAUGAGGUUUGCUUUUUCUAUGGGAGCAUAUCAUUCGUACGUAGGACUUUUGAAGCCAAAACAAUUAACGGAAGCGGAUAUCACAUCACGAUGGAGGAUAGAUAGGACAGCACUUCUACAGUUUACCUACUACUACAAAAUGAUUGAGUUACUAUUUCUUAGUAAUCGCUUCAAUCUCUCUCGAGAUUGCGAUGGCAAAAUUUUGACAAUUGGUCUAGGAGGUGGCACAAUUAAUAGCUUUCUGCAUCAAAUCUUUCCUCAGAUGAAUAUAACCGCAGUGGAGAUUGACGGGCAAAUGAUUAAGAUGGCCAGAAAGUGGUUUGGUCUUUUAGAAGAUGAUCAUCAACGAGUCAUCCAAGCCGACGGAGUCACUUUUCUAGCGGAUAGUGUUAAAAAAGGAGAUUCUUACGACGCGAUACUGUUAGAUGCGGGUGGGCCACAGCUAGAAAGCGAUUUCAUUUGCCCUCACAAAUCGUUCCUAAAAAAAGAUGUGCUGAGGAAUAUUGCGACGUUGCUUCCGAAACACGGCAUAUUCAUAUCCAAUGCUCUACAUUCCUCCUUUAACAAUGUAUCUUCUGACGAAGACAUGAGCAAAUACGACAAAAGGUUUCAGUACUUGAUCGAAAAAUUCAGCACAGUCUUCAAGUACUGUUAUCGGAAAAAAGCCGACGUGCUUAAUCAGGUAGUUUAUUGCUUGCAUCAAACUCCUGUGCCGAAGCUUCGCACCAACAUACAGCACUUUCUUGCUGAAAAUGCGAACAUAAUAAGUGGUACCCAUAUUAUUCUAAAUCAGCAAUAAAAUCAGUUCUUAUUACUCAUUUUCAAACCAUUUGUAACUUGUAAAAUCGUCUGUUAGCUUACUCUAUACUUCUUGGAAAUUGACGAAUAAUAAAGACGUCAUCAAAG